GGCUCCGCCCUUAAGCCCCCUACUCUACCCCACCUAUUUUAGCCCCUCCUCCCUCCGUGACGCUACCUCCGGUCUCCAGGUAACGCAGGGGUCAAACAACGCGGCUGUUGAGGCCAUUGACUGUCCUCCUCUUUCUGGUCGGACCCUCGAUCUUCAUCGGACCCUUUUAAACAUGGCUCUGCCGCUUCUGCCUGGCAACAGCUUUAACCGCAAUAUGGGAAAGGAAAAGUUCCAUAAAUCCCAACAUUGGGGAUUUUGCAACAAAGUCAUGAUGUUGGUAAGUGAAGAGAAGCCUGGAAUAGGUGGAGAGCUGCUACCUGGGCAAAAGAUAAAGCCCAAACACAGCGUAUAUCCCAAAGGAGAUGGAUCUGAUGCACCAUCCUGGGCGGCUUUUGAUAAGCAGGUAUUAUCUUUUGAUGCCUAUAUGGAAGAUGAAGUGCCUGAUAAAAGGCAAGAAAACUAUAGAAUAAGAUACUAUAAAAUCUAUUUCUACCUUGAAGAUGACACCAUUCAAGUAAAUGAACCAGAAGUGAUAAAUAGCGGACUACUUCAAGGGACUUAUAUCAGGCGCCAUCGGAUUUCUCUCCCACCUCCCAAUGACGAUCAGUUUUAUACUAUAUAUCACUUCAAUAUCAACGCAGAUGUUGUCUUCUAUGGACGUACGUUCAAGAUUUAUGAUUGUGAUCCAUUCACCAAAAACUUUUUGAGGAAAAUUGGAAUCAUAGUGCAUCCUCCCAAACAGCGUCCAGUAGAUCCCUACAUGAAGAUGCGGAGAGAGACAUUAGAGUUUGUGGAUCCCUUUCGUCCCUAUCAGUCUUUGGACACCCUGAAACGGUUCCUCCAGUUUGAUGGGAAGGUUUUGCGUUUCUUCUGCCUGUGGGAUGACUCAUCUUCACUGUUUGGGGACCGCAGAGAAUUGGUCCUGCAUUACUUCUUGUGUGAUGAUACUAUUGAAAUCAGAGAAUUACUUCCACUUAAUUCAGGCCGGGAUGCUAUGUCAUCAUUCCUCCAGAGGGGUAAGCUUCCGAAGUUUGGUCCACCUGGAAACUAUCAACCAGGCCAGAUAACAGAUCGAGCAGUUCUCAAUGUGUAUGGAGGAGUGUCAGAAUGGCAAGCAGAUGGCUACCUGCUGGAUAAGUACCAGCUAGGAAAAGUAGAGCAAAAGUUUUACACGGACCGGGACCUGGCUAUAGGUGCCACCAUCAAUGUGUGGGGAAGAAAAGUCCUUCUCUGUGACUGUGAUGAGUUUACCAAGACCUAUUAUAGGACAAAGUAUGGAAUUGAUAACUUUACGGCCGUUUCAUGCAAGCCUCCUCCUCUUCCAAAAAUAGAAAGGAAAUACCCACCUUACACUGGCUUUGGGUCUGAAGAGGAUUCUUUCCGUUCCUGUGUCGCCCUCAAGCCCACACCUUAUCGGAAGAACUUCAGAAAAAUUAUGGAACUAGACAGCUAUGGAAACAUAAGCUAUAUACUACGCUACUUUGCAAAACUAAUCACAGACAAAUGUGCUGAUGCAGACAGGAUGUUUGUUAUUGCAUUUUAUCUCAGUGAUGGCACAAUUUCAGUUUUUGAACCCGUAGAGAGGAAUUCAGGGAAUGCUGGUGGGAUGUUCUUGAAAAGAAGUCGUGUGAAAAGGCCUGGACAAGAAGUCUUUAAAAGUGAAUUUUCAGAAUACAUCAAGGCUGAAGAGUUCUAUAUUGGAGCCACUGUGAAUAUUAAUGGUUACCUGUUUUUUCUCCUGAAUGCUGAUGAGUACACCUUAAAUUACAUGGAGAGUAACACAGACAAGUUUCCAUAUAGCAACUUUGAACUUGCCAUACAGAAGCUGAAACAAGAAAAAUCAAAAUCAAGAGAGAUCACGCAGGUGUUUGCAGCUGCUGAUUCUAAUCACACGAAGUUGAUACCUUACAAUACAUUCAGAGAGAUCCUGAUGAACAUAACCAAUGGGAAACUUGUAGAGCAAGAGUUCAUAACCAUUGCACGUCACUACCGUGUGCCUGAGAUCAUGGAUCCAGAUUUACCUUGCUUAAUUGCACAGGCCCAUGAAAAGUUCAAGAAAAAUAUGUUUGAGAAUUUUGACCCAUUCGUUUACAACUGUGUGUAUGAAGACAGAGAGAAAAAAGGUGUGUUACCCACCAAAGACAUCAAAAGGAUGUGCAAGUCCUUCAGGCUACCUUUGAGUGAUGACCUUCUUGAUGACUUAUUGUCGAGAUUUGAAGACAAAGAACAACAAAUAAAUUAUGACUUAUUUUUCACUGUCCUGAACUGGAGAAUGAAUCCGACACCUCAAUUGCAAUCCCCACCGUACCUUAAAGAGAAAUGUGAAGACAUUUGGGUGGGCAUGCCAUCACCUAUCCCUGCGAAAUGGAUGAGGUACUUAGACUUUUUGAAGGAUGUAUAUGGCUUAGAAGAGAACGGACUAUGAAAAUUUUGACCAACUCUCUU